AUGAGAGUUUUAAUUGUUCUUGCUGCGGUGGCAGAGUUGAGUCUGGCAGCCGUCUACCCUCGACAAACUAUCAGUCCGUCGUUGGUUACCUCAACCUACGCCAGCACCAUCACCAACGCAGUAACACGUACUACCGCUGUUCCUGUCACUUCAACAACGUGCGUGGCAGACACCAAGAUCCCUUCAGGUCUUGUUUGCACAAACGCUGUCUACUCCUUGACUGGCGGUAAUUACUACUCACAACAAUGCUCUGCAUCCUUAGUUGGCGGAGUUAAUAUCCGUGCCUAUGUCGAACCCGUCGGAGCUGGUAAGUCUUUCUCCUUUCGUAUGUUCAAGGAACUUCCACUCAUGUUCUAUAGCUGCCACCAGUAUUUGUGCUUCCUUCUGCAAUGCGCUAAACAACCUUAA